UUAACAUUAAUAUUCAAAAUCAGUUGCUCUGAAAAAUGAUGAGCCAAGAGUAUUAUUCUGCUCUGCAACAGAUCGCAUUACACUUGCUCGGCGAUGAUUGCAUUGACGGAGAUCAUUUGCCUGACGAUACGGAUCAGGAAUCGAAAUGCAGUAAUAGACGGAGACGGACAAUUAGUUCGUCGCUUAAGAUUUCUGUUACAUGUGAGCGGCAUUACAGAGGAGUGCGUCGCAGACCCUGGGGAAAAUAUGCUGCAGAAAUCAGGGACUCCGCCAGGCAUGGGGCCCGCAUUUGGCUUGGAACUUUCGACACUGCAGAGGCCGCCGCUGUGGCAUAUGACCGUGCCGCUUUUAAAAUGAGAGGGGCCAAGGCUAUGCUCAACUUUCCCCUCAACGCCUCCGCCUAUGCUGAACCGAUCUCAGAGUCAUGUGGUCAUGUGGAGUCUAACAAGAGGCGCUUAAAGAAUAUCGAAAUAGAGGCUCAGCAGCCCCCUCGCACGAAGAUUAAAAGAGAUGUUGAAGUAAACGAUGAUGAUGUUUUUGGGAAAUUAGAAAAAUUGGAGCCUCUUUCUCCGCUCCCCUUCUCUCUCUUUCCCUUCACGCCCUCACCCAUAAUGAUAUGAUCGCCAGUCUUGUAAAUUCAUUCUUAUUUUUUCAUUCAAUUAUUCUUUAAAUUUAUU